AUGGUUAUGUGUAUUAAUAGCAGAAAAAUCGAAGGCAUUGGACAUGUAGUGAGGUCUGAUAGAGGUGGAGAGUUCUAUGGAAAAUUCACUGAGAAAGGUAGAAAUCCAGGACCUUUUGCCAUUUUCUUGCAACAAGAAGGUAUUGUUGCUCAGUACACAAAUCCUGGAACACCACAGCAAAAUGGUGUUUCAGAGAGACGAUACAGAACUUGA